AUGUGGGGAACUCUCAUUGGUAAUAUGGGAUUCAUUCUUAGAAACAUUUGUUCAAAAAAGAGCUUACAGAGCUUCAAAGAAGUAAAUGGACUGAACUUAUAUGGAAGGAUAACUAUAGUUUCACUACUCUAUCUUUUUCUAGUUGUUGUGUCUGUUGAAGGGUCUCAAUGGGUUGAAGGCUAUAGAAGAGAUCUACUGGCUGUUGUGAAACCAUCGACCUUGUAUCUGUGGGUGAUCAUAUCUGGUGUCUUCUACCAUUUAUAUAAUCAGUCCUCUUACCAAGCUCUUGAUCAGAUUACUCCAUUGACAUUCUCAGUGGGAAACACAAUGAAGAGUGUGGUUGUGAUUGUCUCAUCAAUUCUGGUUUUCAAGAAUCCUGUGAGACCUUUGAAUGCUUUGGGAUCUGCCAUUGCAAUCUGUGGAACUUUUCUGUAUUCCCAGACGAUAGUAGCUAAUAAGGCAAAGAAGCUUGAAGGUGAAAGAAGAGCUGAAAUUUGUUGUUUUCUUCACCUUCAUUCUACUUGCUUUCAAUAA